CCCGCGUCCCCCCUCCGCCUCCCCGUCCCCUGCCACCAUGCUGUGGUCACGCUGCUGGUGGAGAGCCUGAGGAAGCAGACUCUGGAAGGCGACCCCGCUCAGCCGGGGGACUUCUACCUGUCCCUGCUGGACCCGAAAACCCUCACAGAGUGCUGGCCCCCAGAUGGCUUGAUGCCUGAGAGCAGCUACUGGCAGCUCUGCCCUCCCUCCAAGUCCGGCCUGCAGGGGGGGUUACUGAGCUCUAGUUUCCCCCCCGGCCCCGUGCCCCUGGUGCCCCCAGAUGCUCACCUGCAGGAGGGGGUCGACCCCCUGGACGGGACCCCCUCUCAGCCGCAGCAGCACCGGCCCCUGGCGCCCAGCACCUCAGCGUCCGAGCUGUCCCUCCCGGGAGCGGCGGCGGCGGCGGCGGCACCUCCCGGCCCUGGGCCCCCUCCCCCUCCUCCCCCACCUCCCAAACGCCACUGCCGUUCGCUGUCGGUGCCCGAGGACCUGUCGCGCUGUCGCUACACCUGGCGGCCCAGCGCCUCAAGGGUCUGGACUCCCGUCAGUCGCCAGCAGUGCCACGGGGGAGCUGGGGGAGGGGUAACAGGCGGGGGGGCAGGGAUGGGAGGAGGGGGUGUAGGGGCAGGUGCGGCAGGGGGAGGAGCCUGUCCUCUCCGUGCCCCCAGCUCCUCUCUGAACUCGUCGCUGCACUCCUCGUCCAGCCCCACCUUCUUCAGCCUGGCGCUGUCUCCGGACUCGCCGCUGCCCUGGAGCUUCCCCUGGGACCCCAGUGAGGCGGCCGCGGGGGGAGGAGCCUGCUGCUGCUUCUUCCCCUCCCCCUCCUCCUGCUCCUCCUCUCCCUCUCCCCUCCACCCGCCUCCCCCUCCCCAGAGGCGUUUCUCUCUCUCCCCCGUGCUCAUCAGAGACUCGGCAGCCUCCACCUUCCUGCCGCCGCCUCCUGUGCCGAGCCAAGCGGCGGCGCCUCCUCCGGGCUGCUCCGCCGUGGCCGGAGCGACCACGGGGGGCCCGGUGCCCGCCUCGCCCUCUUCGGCCUGCAGCACGCCGUCGUCUCUGCGCCGCAGCCUGCCGCCGCAGCUGCCGCGCUGCCACUCGCAGCCCUGCGACCUGCUGCUGCUCAAACCAGGUCUGAAGAGACGCCGAGACCCCGACAGACCCUGCGCCCGACCCGUCCUCGACUUCACCAAGAUGACUCAGACCCGCAGCAUCGACCCGCAGUGUCUGGAGCGCGGCGGCGGCAGGCUGGCCUGCGGAGGAGACGUCUGCAUGGGCAUGGAGCCCUUCAUGGGCGACUUCCGGGGCUCCUGCUCUCCGGCCGAGUGCCUGGGCAGGACCAGCAUCGGGCCGCUGAGCGAGAGCGACGAGGAGUGCCGCGAGGACGACGACGACGACGAGGACGACGACAGGGAGGAGGAAGCCGACGAGCGAGAGGCAGCACAGCAGGCGGUGUUUGAGAGGGAUUGUACAGAACUCGACUUGAACUUAAUAGAAGAAAACUGACGUAUUUGUAAAUGGAAGGCUGUUCUCUGUUUCGGUUUUUUAAUUUCGUUUUCUUUCGAAAUGCUCCGAACCCCUCGCCCCUUCCUGGACCACCAUCACGUCAACACUCUGCGCCUCCUUGCCACCAAUCAGCAAGGCUCUCAGGAACAACACCUCUCAUUUGAUGAGCUGGCGUAAAGGAAGCCGACUGACGACAACAGUGAUGAUCUGACUACCGCCGUUAAAGACUCAGCGCUGUGGCUUCACUUGGAAUCCUCCUGGCUGCUUUUUAACUGCUGUUUGUUUUUAAAACGAGGAUCUCUUAGAGAGCAACUCUGGUCGCCUGUGAUGAGAGGAAACCUCGACACUCUGAAUCCCAGUCAGCACAGUUGGUCCUCCUGAGUAUUUAACAGGGAAAUCGCUCCUGCAUCUGACCUUCACUUACCUCUAAAAACACGAUUCCCAGUUUGAACCUGCCACCUUCAGGCUAAAGCCCCAACAAGCCAUUGUUCAGGUAUGUGAAGCCCAGAUGCAGAGUUUUCCCACGUUUGGGACUGGACUCAGACUGUCCAGGUGUCCCUCAGCGUCCCUGCUUCUUGGCGUCCAGGUGUCUUCCAGCACACAGCGGCUGAGUCUCUGUAACACACUACGGUCUGAUGAGGCUUUCGCCGCACUGCAGCGCCAACCUGAAACAUCAUCACCACGCCCGUCACACGCCCCGCACCAAAACACAAACCGAGACACCAGAGCGCCUGCUUCGAAGAGCGGCUUUAAUCUGCAGUCAGGAUACAAAGGGUCAGUUCACCCAAGUCAGAAAAAACACAUUUCCCCUCUUCCUCUUUGGAAGUAAACAGAAAAAAAGUUUAUCUCAAAAAAACAAAGACGUUGUUUCCAAAGUAACAAAACUAAUUUCUACAUUCAAUUCACUUGUGUGGAAGAGGUCUUCUGCCUAACUGGUUAGAUAAUUGUGUCUCCUUUUUUUGUGUUUUUCUCAAAUCAGUGUUAAUGACUAAAAACUAUUAGUUGACAAUUUCCCUUUUUUUUUACCUUUUGGAAACCAGAACUAUGACGAGAUGCCCAUUUGUUUCGUCUUGUACAUCAUCGUUUAGUUUUUAUUCGUCGGUGAAAAAUGUAGAACAUUUCAUCGUCCUUCUCAUUUUCAAAGUUUACUUUUUAUUUAGCUUUAGUCUUGUUUCUGUUUUGGAAGAAAGAUCGUUAAUCUACUUUUUUCGUCACAGUUUUCGUUGCUGAAAUUAACACAGCAAACAAACAUCAUAUUGGCCAUUAUUGAGUAAUAGGAUGUCUAGAUGCCAUUUUGAACACAACAUGAUCACAUCCCACUUUAGACUUUAAAAAUGUUAUUAUUUUACACAUAGAUACUGUACAUAAGCAACAAAACCCCCUCUUCAAAAAGACGGGGGAAAAAUGAGGCUACUUUCAUGACGGUCGGGCAGGUUCAAGGAUCCGAUUGGCUGUUUCUAGUCAGUCAAUACACACGGUUUUAGUUUGUUUGGUUGUUUUUGGUCCAAGUUUUGAUACGUGUGUCUCUUAGUUUUCUGCCUCCAUCUCAACACAACGGAGGUGAAAGUAUUCAGCGGCGACGUCUCUCUCUCAGACACGGCGCGUUUCAGAGAUACGUGACCGUCUGGAUUUUUGGGUAUUAAACCGCUGAGCUGUUGCCCUCCCCGGGUCUUAGAUCUAGUCUUUGGGAUUUGUUGACAACAGGAGAUAUGAAGAAAAUGUUCAUCAGUAAUUCAGUGUCCUGAUUUUUUGACCAAUUGACAGUUCUCAAAAAGAAAUAAAUCUCUGAAUAGAGAGAUGUUUUACUCGACAUCGAAAUAUACUUUAGUUUUUGCCUCAAUGUGAUUUUGAACAUGUCAAUCAAAGUCAAGACGUUGCUACGAUAUUUAUCAUGACAUUAAUAGUUUGACCAGAAUCAAUAGUCUUUUAUUGGCACAGCUCUAUUUAUGACAACGCGUACAUGAAACACAAAGUGGUUUCAAGACUGAAACUCACCCAUCACUGCUGCUGAUAAACCACACACACACCUGUAUAAACUCUACCUGUAACAGUCGUGUGACCUUGGCAUUGUGAUGCGUUCAGGUUUGCUGGUGCUUUGUGGUGUCGUCCCAUCAGGCCUCACUGAGGGCAGGUAGCCACUGAUGCUGUUGUUCACCUGAGUGUUCACACAUUCCUGUCACACACCUGUCACUGAAAAACACGACAAAAACUCACCCUGAAUCUGUGUGUGUGUGUGUGUGUGUGUGUGUGUGUGUGUGUGUGUGUGUGUGUGUGUGUUUUGGUUUCAUAAAAAGAGUAAUGGCACUGACAUCUUGAAUCCCGCUGGUGGUCAUGUGACUUGUGUCCAGAUUAAAUCCAGAUUGUGUCCUGAUAAAGUUGAUCCAUACUAACUCCUGACAGUCUGUAGACACGUGCAUUAACUCACAGGAAACAUUUUAGUCUUCACUUCUGAACUAAACUGUCACGACUUCUGCGCUCAUACAAGUGUGUCCAUCCAAAUUUAGCACAAACUUUAACCAAAUAGCCACAAAAAUUGGCAAAAGAAAAUGCAAAUUAUUGCACAUUCCAUCCAUUACUGUUGUGUGAAUAUUAGGAGUCGGUUCAUUGAGAUCAGCAGCUGGUGGAGCCGAUUCUCCAGUCGCUGCCAUUGAACCACCACAGAAGAAGAGGACGCAGCGAGACGAGGUCACUAAGAGAAGCUCCGGUCGAAGCUCGGACGAUAGAGAACCGUGUGGAGAACGUGAUGGAAAUCUGACGUUUCUGCUGGUGUCGUGUGUUAAUGUGAGGACGGUUCCGGUCCGAAUAACGUGCUCACACUGCAGAGAAACAACCCGAAUUUCUGACUUGCCUGAAAUCCAACUGUCUGACAGACAGAUGACCUCAUGACCUCGAGCUAAACGUCAGAUACAGCAGACCUGGCAGAAAUUUGCCUGAUUGUUAAAUUAGUCGUGGUCCAGUUCCGGGUUAAAUUCUGGGCUGAACGGCAC